AUGUGGCAGCGGGUGGUACGCGGUGUGUCGGCGGGUCUGGCCGGGUGGCUGCGCUCCUGCCGGCCUCCUGUGUGCCACUAUGGGAGCGGCCAGCAGAGGGAGAGCAGGAACCUCCUCCGGGGUGUCUGCUACAGGAACAGGCCGGGGAAGACGGGGAGGCUGCUGGCAGCACUGACAGGGGCAUUCCUAUGGGAAGAAGAGCGGGUGAGAGAGGAGGAGAUCCUGAGGCCUGCUGAAGAGAUGAAGAAGGCACAGUUUGCAGCCCACAGAGUUCACUGUCAUAGUAUGAAGUGUGAGGAGGAUGAAGGCUGGGAACUAGUCUUGGAUAAAAAAGACUUCAGGCUGUGGCGGAGACCAAUAGAAGGAACCUAUCUGUAUCAGUACAGAGUAUUUGGCUCGUAUAACGAUGUGACACCUCGCCAGUUCUUUAAUGUUCAGUUAGAUACAGAGUACCGCAAAAAGUGGGAUGCAUUAGUGAUUAAACUGGAAGUGAUUGAGAGAGAUGUAGUCUCUGGAUCAGAAGUCCUUCACUGGGUUACUCAUUUUCCAUAUCCAAUGUACUCGCGGGACUAUGUGUACGUCAGGAAGUAUAACGUGGAUCAGGAGAAUAACCUCAUGGUGUUGGUCUCACGAGCAGUGGAGCACCCAGAGGUACCAGAAUCUCCUAACUAUGUCCGCGUGCGUAACUACCAUUCUCAGAUGGUGAUCAGACCUCAUACAACAUUUGAUGAGAAUGGCUUUGAUUACUUGUUAACAUAUAGUGACAACCCACAGACUGUGUUUCCUCGCUAUUGUGUAAAUUGGAUGGUGUCCAGUGGGAUGCCCGAUUUCCUGGAGAAGCUGCAUUUAGCAACACUCCGUGCCAAAAACAUGGAGAUUAAAGUACGAGAUUACAUAUCUACCCGUCCUCAGGACUGCAGCAGUGAAGCCCGAGCCAGCCCUGAGCGUAAACCUGCAGCAGCACACAGUGCGCCACAAAUGGAUUAUGCAUAA